CGGCCACACACUUUUUCUUGCGGAUUUUCAUACUCUUUCCACUCAAAAACAAUGGCAGCCAUCAAAGCCACCACCAUUGUACUCAUCGCCGCCGUGUUUGUGCUAAUGCUUAGCGGUGGUGCAAAGGGGCAGGCACCGGCACCUGAGCCGUCAUCUGCCCUUGGCCCUUCUGCACCGGGUUCAGACUGCCUGACAACUGUGCUAAACAUGUCGGACUGCCUGUCCUACGUGACCACCGGGAGCAACGAGACGAAGCCGGACAAGGCGUGCUGCCCUGAACUGGCGGGGCUGGUUGAGAGUGCCCCGAUUUGUUUGUGUGAUUUGCUGGAUAAGAACAAGACUGAGAGCUACGGGAUCAGUAUUGACAUGAGUAGGGCUCUCAAGCUUCCUACUGUUUGCGGUGUUCCUACUCCUCCCGUUAGUCUGUGCUCAGUUAUUGCUGGAGUGCCAGUGGGAAGUCCAACAGCUUCACCAGGUUCUGCUCCGGAGGGAUUAUCUUCCAGCCCUUCAGCUGCCGGAAGCAAUGGAGUUUCUUCAAAUGCUCAAGUCUCAGCUCUAGCUUCCUUUCUAGCCUUAGCAAUUGCAUUUCUUCACUCAUUUAUUGGCAUUUGAAUUCUUUUUCCUGUUGUUCCUUAGAUUUCUCCCCAUGGAUGUCUGUUAGACCAUGUAUAAUUAGUAACAGUAAUAAGGGAGUGGAUGACAUGUUCUACUGAUUUAUUCCAUC